AUGCACAAGCACCAGCACUGCUGUAAGUGCCCCGAGUGCUACGAGGUGACCCGUCUGGCCGCCCUGCGGCGCCUCGAGCCUCCCGGCUACGGUGACUGGCAGGUGCCCGACCCCUACGGGCCAGGUGGGGGAAACGGAGCCAGCACGGCAUACGGGGGCUACAGCUCGCAGACCCUGCCUUCGCAGGCGGGGGCCACCCCCACCCCGCGCACCAAGGCCAAGCUCAUCCCCACCGGCCGGGAUGUGGGGCCAGUCCCCCCUAAGCCAGUCCCGGGCAAGAGCGCCCCCAAACUCAACGGCAGCGGCUCCAGCUGGUGGCCUGAGUGCACCUGUACCAACCGGGACUGGUAUGAGCAGGCAGCUCCUGCACCCCUCCUGGUGAGCCACAAGGCCCUGCAGCCCAGCCUCUCCUUGAGCGUGAAUGGCAGUGACGGCAUGUUCAAGUACGAAGAGAUAGUGCUUGAGCGGGGCAAUUCCGGCCUGGGCUUCAGCAUCGCAGGUGGCAUUGACAACCCUCAUGUCCCCGAUGACCCUGGCAUCUUCAUUACCAAGAUCAUUCCUGGUGGAGCAGCUGCCAUGGAUGGGAGGCUGGGGGUGAAUGACUGUGUGCUGCGGGUGAAUGAGGUGGACGUGUCAGAGGUGGUGCACAGCCGAGCUGUGGAGGCGCUGAAGGAGGCGGGCCCUGUGGUGCGGUUGGUGGUGCGGAGGCGGCAGCCCCCACCCGAGACCAUCAUGGAGGUCAACUUGCUCAAAGGGCCCAAAGGUCUGGGUUUCAGCAUUGCUGGGGGCAUUGGCAACCAGCACAUCCCGGGAGACAACAGCAUCUACAUCACCAAGAUAAUCGAGGGGGGUGCUGCUCAGAAGGAUGGCCGCCUACAGAUCGGGGACCGGCUGCUGGCGGUGAACAACACCAACCUGCAGGACGUGAGGCAUGAAGAAGCUGUGGCCUCGCUGAAGAACACCUCUGAUAUGGUCUAUCUGAAGGUGGCCAAGCCGGGCAGCCUUCACCUCAACGACAUGUACGCACCCCCUGACUACGCCAGCACUUUCACUGCCAUGGCUGACAACCACAUAAGCCAUAACUCCAGCCUGGGUUAUCUCGGGGCGGUGGAGAGCAAGGUCAGCUACCCUGCUCCUCCCCAGGCUCCCCCCGCCCGCUACUCUCCUAUCCCGAGGCACAUGCUAGCUGAGGAUGACUUCACCAGAGAGCCCCGCAAGAUCAUCCUGCACAAGGGCUCCACAGGCCUGGGGUUCAACAUCGUGGGAGGAGAGGAUGGAGAAGGCAUUUUUGUCUCCUUCAUCCUGGCAGGAGGCCCAGCUGACCUGAGUGGGGAGCUUCGCAGGGGAGACCGGAUCUUAUCGGUGAAUGGCGUGAACCUGAGGAAUGCAACUCAUGAGCAGGCUGCAGCUGCUCUGAAACGGGCUGGCCAGUCAGUCACCAUUGUGGCCCAGUACAGACCUGAAGAGUACAGCCGCUUUGAGUCGAAGAUACAUGACUUGCGAGAACAGAUGAUGAACAGCAGCAUGAGCUCUGGGUCUGGGUCCCUCCGGACGAGCGAGAAGAGGUCCUUGUAUGUCAGGGCCCUGUUUGAUUAUGACCGAACUCGGGACAGCUGCCUGCCAAGCCAGGGGCUCAGCUUCUCCUACGGUGACAUUCUGCAUGUCAUUAAUGCCUCUGAUGAUGAGUGGUGGCAGGCAAGACUGGUGACCCCACAUGGAGAAAGCGAGCAAAUUGGUGUGAUCCCCAGUAAGAAGAGGGUGGAAAAGAAAGAGCGAGCUCGAUUGAAAACCGUGAAGUUCCACGCUAGGACGGGGAUGAUCGAGUCCAACAGGGACUUCCCUGGGUUAAGUGACGAUUAUUAUGGAGCAAAGAACCUGAAGGGAGUGACAUCCAACACCAGUGACAGCGAAAGCAGCUCCAAAGGCCAAGAGGAUGCUAUUUUGUCAUACGAGCCAGUGACUCGGCAAGAAAUUCACUAUGCAAGGCCCGUGAUCGUCCUGGGCCCGAUGAAGGACAGAGUCAACGAUGACCUGAUCUCAGAGUUCCCGCAUAAAUUCGGAUCCUGUGUGCCACAUACCACCCGGCCUCGGCGUGAGAAUGAGGUGGACGGCCAGGACUACCACUUCGUGGUGUCCCGAGAACAAAUGGAGAAGGACAUUCAGGACAACAAGUUCAUCGAGGCAGGCCAAUUCAAUGACAAUCUCUACGGGACCAGCAUCCAGUCGGUGCGGGCGGUUGCAGAGAGGGGCAAGCACUGCAUCCUGGACGUGUCGGGCAAUGCCAUCAAGAGGCUGCAGCAAGCACAGGUGUUCCCCAUCGCCGUCUUCAUCAAGCCCAAGUCCGUGGAGGCGCUGAUGGAAAUGAACCGGAGGCAGACAUACGAACAGGCAAAUAAGAUCUACGACAAAGCCACGAAGCUGGAGCAGGAGUUCGGAGAGUACUUCACAGCCAUCGUACAGGGUGACUCACUGGAAGAGAUUUAUAACAAAAUCAAGCAAAUCAUCGAGGACCAGUCCGGGCACUACAUUUGGGUCCCAUCCCCCGAAAAACUCUGAAGAAGCCCCUCCAUCCUUUCUCGUGUGAACAGAAGAAAUCAAGCCCCUCUUCCCUCCUCCCUCUUCAUUCCUGUCCCCACGGGGAGAACAAAUGACUACUGUUCUUGUCCCCUUUUUUAGAUAUGUCAAAAAAAAAUUGAGUUUUCUAGUCCUGUUCUGGUUUUUUUUUUUUUUAAAUUUUCGUUUUGUUUGAGUUUCUUUUCGGGGGGGAUGAUGCCAUCUUACUCAUCACGUGACUGUGCCCAUUCCUGCAUGGACCUUUCCCACGCGCUAGCACAGGCGCAAAUCCAUCAGAGUCAUUGUUUUCAGAAAAAUCGAGCAGAAGAGAAGAGAGGAGGACGGGUGGAAAGACGGACUCUGGACAGCUGCGUGGCUUUGCUGGGAGCUCAGUGCACCGCCCAGGAGACGCUCCGGGCACCGCUGCCCAUCCGUUCAGCCGUCAUGCAGCUCUGAACGGUGCGACGUCAC